CUGUCGGAUAGCGUGCUAUUGGCUGUGUAAUUCAAAGCAGAUCUCCCUGGGAACUGGGAGAACUACACCGUUUAUCCGUGCGUCUCACAGUUCUUAGCCAGCCUUGAGUCUGAAAAUAAGGAUAUUACCUGGGAAACACGCCAAACUCACUUGGUGUUCAAACAGUAACGUCAAAUCUGCACUGGAAUUGUACAGCAUCGGAGAAUGAACACCUAGCGAGCUCUUUUGCGGCGAGAUAAAAUUCCGCCUGUUGAUAAUAGCUAACUUGUUAGCUUGCUUGCUACAAAAUAUUGUUGAAAGAGAGAUCACUUCGUUUGAGGAUGAAGAAGUUCACCAUCGCCUGCGAGCUAUAUGAAACAGUAAAACUGACUGGUCGUAUCGUAUCUGCCAUUCUGGGAUGAGAAGGAAGCCGAACCUACUGUUGUUUUUUAUAGCUUGCUAAGUCAUUUCACCGUGUCGCCUAGGGAACGAUUUAAUAAUUAAUAAUACAUAUAGCUAGCUAAAGUUAGUUAACGUGACUUGGCACGAGUUUUCUUGUCUAAACUACCUUUCAAUACUGCUGUAUUUACAGCUAACAAGCAACAGUAAGAAAACAACGAAGAGUAUCUUAAAGUUGCCGACUGGGUGGAAUGAGUAUUAAUUUCACAGAAUUAGGUUUAAAGUGGCUUUAACAUCAUGGACGCCGUAGGUCAUAGUGCCGACCUAAGGUACACUGGUCAAGAUUGCAGACCAGCGCAUGGAAUCCUUCAACAAGAAGUGGAAGUACUGGGGACUUUGGAGCAGAGGGUCGGCGACAGCGAAGGAUGCAGGCUGGUGGAUGUUCUCCUCACUGGAGGGGCGCCUUGGGGUUUUACUCUGAGAGGAGGUCGGGAGCACCACGAACCCCUCCUAAUUACCAAGGUGGAGGAGGGCAGCAAGGCUGCGGCCGUCAGGCUCCAGGUCGGGGACGAGAUCGUCAAUAUCAACGAGGUUCCCCUGAGCGGCUACCGACAGGAGGCCAUCUGCCUAGUGAAGGGCUCCCACAAGACCCUCGCGCUGGUGGUGCGGAGGCAGGUGAAAAUGGUGGAUAUUGUAACACAGAAAAUGCCCUCAGAAAGUGACGUGCAUGUGGCCAGGAGCUUUCUUACGAAGAUUUUGCGAAGUUCCAUGAGAAAGCACCGCUUCAAGGGGAGAAGUGAACCCGUGAGCCGACCGCACUCCUGGCACUCCACCAAGUUCACAGAGGGCCAAUCAGACAACGGCAAAGCGCAGUCGACGCCCACGGCGAUCUGGCACAGCCGAUACGAUGCGAGUUCAUCUUCCACCGACCUGUCGGGCUGCUGGGAACCGGCGAACCUGCGGCGAGUUUCGGACCAGUUCAGCUCCCUGGGGAGCAUGGACAGCCUAGAGCACUCUCCGCACCCCUACCCGCCGGGACGCCUCUCCCCGGCCAAGUCCAACAACAGCGUGGAGCACCUGGGCGGGGGAGGGGGGAGCAAACGGGACUCGGCCUACAGCUCCUUCUCCACGGCCUCCAGCACGCCGGACUACACCCUGUCCCAGAGCAACGCCGCCUCCACCGAGAACAUGCUGUGCAAGGCGGGCCAGUGGGACUCCGGGGGCCGUCAUAGCAACGGGAGGCACAGCCAGAGCCUGUGCGAGGGGGAUCGUCCGGGAUACCUGCAGCUCCCCCCGGGCGGAGGGGGCAGGGAGAGCCCCAGGACCGGGGCGGACCAGCCGGGCUCCCGGCACUCCUGCUCCUCCUCCUCGUCCGGCCGGCCCAGCGCCGGCCCCGUCUGGCACGUCCCGGAGAAGAAGAAAGCCGCCGCCGCCCCCUCCCCGCCCCCGCCCCUCCCCCCGGUGCGCAGCGACAGUUUCGCCGUAACCAAGGUCCACGAGAAGGGGCUGGUCAUCCCCUACGCCGAGGAGCCCGGGCCCCUCCCGCUCCCUCAGGCCAAGCCCCUGCCCCAGGGGCCCGAAAACGCCCUGAGGACGCACCUCCACGUCGGGGAGAGGGGGCCUGACUCCCGCCCCAUGUACAGCGCGCCCCACAGGGCUGACCGGCUCCACCCGUACGCAGCGGCCGACCCCUACAGCAGCAACAACGGCCAGUUCACCAACUCCCACAAGCUGUACUCGCUGUCCAGCUCUGACGUGCGCUUGGGCCAGGCCCCCUACGCCUACGCGCCCCACCGCCACCAGCGCCAGUACAGCGACGAGAGCACCUUCUACAUGGGCCCCCGCCUCGCCGCCGCGGCCCCCAGGCCACCGGGCACCGCCGGCGGGUACUACAGCAGCAUGCAGGAGCUGCCAACCAACAGCCACAGCCAGGGGCACGGCCACGCCCACACCCAGGGGCACGGCCACGCCCACACCCAGGGGCACGGCCCCGCCCACACCCAGGGCCACGCCCACACCCAGGGGCACGGCCACGCCCACACCCAGGGGCACGGCCACGCCCACACCCAGGGGCACGGCCCCGCCCACACCCAGGGGCGGAACUCCAGCACCUCUCUUUCGGCUGCCGCUGCUGACCCGAACGCGGACGGGCACAGCCGGUACUACUGCCUGACCGCCCGCCAGCCCCCGGGCCCCGUCACACAGGCCACUCUGGUGAAGGUGGAGGAGUGGAAGGGUGGGGUGGGGAUGGGGGCGUGGCCGGGAAUGGGGGCGGGGCCAGAGGCGGCCCACACCGCGGGCCCCAGGGGCUCGGCCACCGUCCCCCAGAAGGCCCACAAAGCGAAGAACCCGCUGCCCCUGGCCCAGCAGGCCGGCCAGGAGGGGAAGGACAGCAACGGCAUCACCAGGAGAGACGAGGCCCCGCCCCUCGACCGACCGGCCUCCGCUGCGCAGAAACUCGGGCCCGAGGAGAGGGGGGGCCAGAGGAGGGCCAGCGGGCCCAGCGCGGAGCCCAAUUACAUGAGCUACCCCCCCAGCAAGCACAGUGGGGCCUGCCAGCAGAGGCAUGGCCAGCCGCAGCGCGACCCCUGGCUGUCCCGGGACGAGGGCAAGAUCUGCCCCCAGACCACGCCCAUGCUGCACUCCCUCUCCCAGGAGGGCGCGGCCUCCGGCCCGGAGCCCAGGCCGGGCGAGGCGGGCGCGGAGGAAGGCGCCCCCCAGGGGGGUAAGCAGGUCAGGCGGAGCGACCGCUUCGCCACCACCCUGCGGAACGAGAUCCAGCUGAAGAGGGCCCAGCUGCAGAAGAGCCGGAGCGCGGCCGCCCUGACGGGGCCCUGCGAGGCCGAGGAGGACGAGGCCGAGGCCGAGCCCGAGGCCUGGAGGCCCGGCCCCGCCCAGACCUCCGCCGGCUCCGCCUCCUCCGACGCCUCCUUCGGCGGCUCCUACAAGGACCACCUGAAGGAGGCGCAGGCCCGGGUCCUGCAGGCCACGUCCUUCAGGAGGAGGGACCUGGAGCCCGCGCAGCAGGAGGCCCCGGCCGGGGCCGAGGGGCUCCCCCCGCCCGCGCUCCAGGGCAGGCCGGCCCCGCUCCCCGCGGGGGCCCAGGUGUCCCGGAUCGGGGGCCGCAAGCGCUUCUCCGCCGAGAAGAGGCUGCGCUCCUUCUCCGAGCCCGACAAGAUCAACGAGGUAGGGGUGGAGGAGGAGCCCCCCCGCGGAGAGGCGGCCGGCUCCUUCGCCGACCGCCGCAAUUUCUUCGAGGCGACGGGCCGCCCGGCGUUCCCCAAGCCCGCGCCCAGGCAGGCCCCGCGGGGCUCCCCCGAGGACCCGGGCGAGCCCGAACCCGAGAGCGGGCCGGCGGGGGGCCCGGAGGCGGAGCCUGAGCCUGAGCGGGACCCCGCCCACGCGGACGGGCAGGCCCAGCUGGAGCAGCACCGCCUGGGCACGUUCGCCGAGUACGAGGCCACCUGGAACGUGCAGAGGAAAGCGUCGGAAGCGAGGCCUUCUGGGAGAUACCGCUCGGCCGACAACAUCCUGGACCCGGGCGCGGAGGAGCGGAGCAAGCCCUCAUACGUGCACGAGCGCUCCCGGUCGUCUCCAUCCGCCGACUUCUACGGAGAGAACGUCCCAAUCGCGGGGAGGAAGUCUGCGGGGUGUUCUCCAGCGGAUCCGGAGCCCGCCGGACAGGAGAAGGCUGCUCCCAGGGUGAUUGACGGGGCGAGCGGCGAACCCAGGGAGAGAGAGACGACGGCGCAGCGGGCCGACGGCUUCCUGGCCCCUCCCCUCGAACUCGCCCCCACUCAGCACCACCACCACCCUGACCCGGGGGAACCCCGCCAGGCUCCGCCCCCAGGCCCCCGGAAGAAGGGCCCGGCGCCGCUGAGGCCCCCCCCACCGAAGCUGGACCGCCAGCGCCGCCCCGAGAGCGCGUCCCCCCUGAGCGACUCCCAGGAGUCUCUGCCGGGGGCCCCGGGCGGCCAGGCCGCUGAACCGCCCCCCCUCUCCCCCGGCCGGGACUCUCCAGGGGCCCCGCCCGGGGAGGUCCUCCCAAAACCGGAGCCGCCAGCCCUUCCCUCCUCCCCCGCCGCCGCCCCCUCUGCGUCCCACAUGCCCGCCAGCCUGCUCCAGCCCUCCAUGGACGGCCCGCGCUCCCCCUCCCCGCAGUUCGUCCCUCAGAGGCUGACCGACCGGCCGCCCGUCUCCCUGCAGGAGGACACCGCCAGCAGUCAGGGGCAGCUGUCGGACAGCAACCCCGCGGUGCGGAAGGUUCCGGUGAAGAUCGUGCACCAGGCGGAGAGCAGCGCGGAGAGAGAGGCCCAGGUGUACCCCCCGCAGAGCGAAGCCCACGCCGCCCCGCCCGUCGCCAGCCUGGGCUCGUCCGAGCCGUCCUACUCCCUGUUCUGCACCUACACGCGGCCCAGAGAAGACCCUGCGCUCGAACCCGAGCCCGCCGCCCCGCAGGAAGCCCAGUCCCCUCAGGCUGUGGGCGGAGCCAGCUCCGAAGAGGACAGGAAGAGGGAGGAGCUAGCCAGGGACAUAUUGGGGAGGGACAAGUCCCUGGCCGAUAUCCUGGAUCAGACCAAGAUGAAGACCACCAUGGACCUGAUGGAGGGCAUCUUCCCCCAGGGGGAGCAGCUCCUGGAGGGGGCACAGCAGCGGCGGAAAGUGACCCCCAAACAGACCUCCCCCAAGAGCAACGAGGAGAGGCGGGAGGAGGACAGCUUGGCGGCCUCGGUUGCCUUGGUUACCAGCUCCUCGUACUACAGCACGUCGGCGCCCAAGGCGGAGCUUCUGAUCAAGAUGAAGGACAUGCAGGAGCAGAUCGAGGAGCAGGACUCUGAGGACGAGCUGGACAUCGACCUGGCCAACAAGAAGCAAGAGCUGAUUGACAGCCUGAGCAGGAAGCUGCAGGUCCUGCGGGAGGCUCGGGAGAGCCUCCUGGAGGACAUCCAGGCGAACAACGCCCUGGGGGACGAGGUGGAGGCCACCGUGCAGCAGGUGUGCAAGCCCAACGAGCUGGACAAGUUCCGCAUGUUCGCCGGCGACCUGGACAAGGUGGUGAGCCUGCUGCUGUCGCUGUCCGGGCGGCUGGCGCGCGUGGAGAACGCCCUCAACACGCUGGAGGAGGGCGCCGCCCCGGGCGAGAAGCGCACGCUGACGGAGAAACGCAAGCUGCUGAUUCGCCAGCACGAGGACGCCAAAGAGCUGAAGGAGAACCUGGACCGGCGCGAGAGGGUGGUCUACGACAUCCUGGCCAGCUACCUGGACGAGGAGCGCCUGGCCGACUACGAGCACUUCGUCAAGAUGAAGUCGGCCCUCAUCAUCGAGCAGCGCAAGCUGGAGGACAAGAUCAAGCUGGGCGAGGAGCAGCUCAAGUGUCUGAUGGACAGCCUGCCGCUGGAGCAGAGGGUGCCCUUCUGAAGCGGGCCACCAGAGGGCGCCGGCGACGCGCGGUCUGCGUGCGGACCGUGGCCCGUUUGCCCUGGCGUUCUUCUUCAGUGGUGCUUUGACCGUGUGCUUUGACUCUGAUGUGUUUUAAGUUCCGCAGGAAUACGGAGGCUUUGCCUCACGGAGAGAGGGAGAGAGAGAGAGACUCUGGAGCUGCUACUGCAGUGUAGGGGAGCUCCUGGAAGCGAAACGUUCUGUAGCACGUGCAAACACAGCUGCUCGAAACCCCUUUUUUUCUGAUUCAGGGAUGCGAUUCACCCCAGUGAUUUUGCCUAGGGUAACAAUCUCCCAAAAUGACCUGCUUUUUGGAGUGGUGCAUUGUUUUUUUUUUAAUACUGUCUAAACAUUUGAAAAGAAAAAGAAAGUAACUUUUCUUUUUUUUAGUAAUUUAUUAUAGCCUUCUGAAUAAAUAUGGAGGAGUUGAAUAGGGACAGUAUUUUACCUGUUUGUUGGCCUGGUGUAGCAGAAGUGAAACAUGGCAGUAGUCAUUCAUGUGCUUUGAGAUGGCCAUAUUCUCUGCAUUGUGUAGCUUAGCGUUCAUUAACACUACUGUGAUGAUUUGACCAUAUUUAUGGUGGGGGAAAAAGCGAGGAUCAUGUUUCACGUAAGCCAAGCAGCAAUGUUUCAGCAAGGACGGGGUCAGGAAAUGCACAUCAGUCUUCCUGGUCACCUGUCCUGUUUCAUGUCAUCUCCGAUCACACGUUCUUUUUUGCUUGCAUUUGAUUCCAGACUUCAAGACAAUUUUUAGCAUCUCCAUCGUUCAACGUGAUGAUUCCUGUAAGACACCCCCCCCCCCCCCCCCAAAACCUCAAAAUGGUGUCGGCUCUCUGUGAUUGGACUGAAAGCUAACUGACACAUGGGACCCAGUGCCUGAAAGGGCACUCCAAUAUUAGUGAUGGGGAGAAAAAGAGGAAAAAAAACAAAAAAGUUAGCACUUUACUUCUAGAAUUCUCCGGCUGAAGGAAAGAAUCCCACGCGUUGAAAGCUGUGCCUGGCUCCUCUGUGCGCCUGCCAUUUUGAUAGUUGGGGACCGUUACGUAUGCGUGUGUGCGCUCACGUUCCUGUAUAUGGUGUGUAUACCUAAUCAUUAAUUGUACUUUUACAUGACUUAGAAGACAUUAAAGCAAAUGGGAGAUGAACAUGACUCUUUA